AUGCCUACACUGUCGCCAGCCUACAUGUCGCCACCGACACCCUGCCUUCAGAACUGCACCUUCAUUACCGUGCAGGACGAGGAUUGGUCGCCGUCCUGUGCUGGUGUGGAGUUUCUCGUGUCAGGACUGGCUGGGGUACUGGCUGCGUUCGCCUCCAACUUCUAUCUGAUGCUUUUCUGUCGAUUCAUUCAGGGAUCAUUCUUCAAUGUCAGCUAUUGUUUGAUCACUCCUAUAGCGAUACAAUUCGAAUCAUGGCGUGCAGUUCAAUUCACCACCUCAUUUCCAACUCUACUCUUCGGUGUUGUUAUGCUAUUGAGUUCUUCAUGGAUAGAGGUGGCAGCACUCCUUCCUGAGAGCUUCGGAUUUCUGAUUACGAAAAGGAGAGCGACAGAGGCAAAGAAAUGGAUCCAGCGGGCGAACCGAUGGGGUGGAAGCAAUUUUGAUUGCGAUGUACUGAAAACUAUUGAGAACGAGACCGCUCGAGUACCGGAAGAGAAGAAUCUCACGGAAAGCCUC